AGCCAACGAGUUCUCUCUUACACCGAGAGUUUUCAAGCCUUUAUUAAAGAAUAAAAGAUUCAGGAUUUUUUUUGUUUUUUUCUUUUCUUUGAUCAAAUACCUUUUACCUUUCUGUUCUCUGAACCCAAGUAAAGAAAAGAUAAGUGAAAAGGAAAAGGCUUUGAUUUCUUAAAGAUCGAUUCGAAAAAGAUGGAGAGAAAAAGCAAAAGAAUGAUGCUCGUGCUGUUGCUUUUAUUGUUCAUGUUUGCAACUACUUUUCAAGAGUGUUUCUCGGAUUCAAGUCAGCCUCCAAUCAAGAGAAUGUCAACCCAGUCAACGGCUGCUCGUCGUUUUGGCUCCACUGCUGUUUUUCCUCUUACUGGGAACGUUUAUCCUCUUGGGUACUACUCUGUGUCUCUUAAAAUAGGCAAUCCACCAAAGAUCUAUGAGCUUGAUAUUGACACUGGCAGUGACCUCACUUGGGUUCAAUGUGAUGCACCUUGUAAAGGUUGCACUAAGCCUCGUGCUUCUCUCUACAAUCCCGGUAACAACCUUAUCCUGUGUAAGGAUCCCCUUUGCAGUGCUGUUCACUUGCCAGCAAAUGUCCGGUGUGAGACUCCAAAUGACCAAUGCGACUACGAGGUCGAGUAUGCUGAUCAUGGUUCAUCCCUUGGUGUGUUGGUCACAGACCACUUUCCUUUAAGACUCACCAAUGGCUCUUUGCUUGGUCCUCGUUUAGCUUUCGGAUGUGGAUAUGAUCAAAGUAAUCCUGGUCCAAACCCUCCUCCUCCCACGUCUGGGGUCCUGGGUCUUGGCAACGGUAAAGCAAGCAUUAUGUCACAACUGAAUGGCCUGGGUCUAACACGGAAUGUGUUAGGACACUGUUUAAGUGGCCGAGGAGGAGGGUUUUUAUUUCUGGGAGAUGAUCUUGUUCCGUCUUCAGGCAUGGUCUGGACACCAAUGUCACACAAUUCAUUGGAGAAACACUACUCAUCGGGACCAGCAGAACUUCUACAUGGUGGAAAGGCUACUGGUGUAAUGGGCCUUCAAGUAAUUUUUGACAGUGGCAGCUCCUACACCUACUUUAAUUUCCAAGCUUACAAAACCACACUUGACAUGUUGAAGAAAGAUUUGAAAGGGAAGCCACUAAAAGACACGAGAGAUGAUCGGACCCUCCCAAUCUGCUGGAAAGGUCCGAAACCUGUCAAAACUAUCAGUGAUGUCAAGGACUACUUCAAGCCCUUGCAACUGAGCUUCUCAAAGGCAAAAAAUGUCAAGCUGGAGCUAUCUCCUGAAGCUUAUCUCAUUGUCACAAAACAGGGAAAUGUGUGCUUGGGAAUUUUGAAUGGUACUGAAGUAGGGCUGGGAGAUUACAACAUUAUUGGGGACAUCUCUUUGCAAGACAAAAUGGUGAUCUAUAACAACGAGAAGCAGCAGAUUGGAUGGGUUUCUACAAAUUGCAAUAGGCUACCCAAUGUGGAUCGAGAUUACAAUGACGGUUUUUGGCUGCCUUAUAAAGCUGAUUUCGGCAUCUUAGAAGAGCAUUACUCGACUGCUUCUAAGAUCAAUAAGCCCACUGGCAGAAAAUCUGAACUUUGAUGCAAAUAAUUGAAAGACAUUUAUAGCUUAUGCCAUUAUACAUAGAGAAUAGGUACAUUUUGUGAAGUCAUAGAUUUGAUAGAAAAUUUCAGUCCUGUAUGGCGGUAGAAAAUGUUACUGGCUAUAUUCCAAAUAUAAACAAGCUGACAGGUUUUGUUACAAUAAAUCUCUUGUAUAUCGAUA